AUGGCACACACUACAGACGCUUUGGUGGUUUCCUCUGUUGGCACGCUCCCGAAAUUGACAACUGUUAUCCUCAGCCCUAUCAAACCGACGGAGGUACUGGUACAAAUGCAUGCUGCCGGCAUUUGCAAUACAGACCUCGCAUGCAUGGCUGGCAAAUUGCCAGCAGAAUUUCCCAAUGUCUUAGGUCAUGAAGGCGCCGGCGUGGUCCGCCAAAUUGGGGACAGAGUAGACCAUGUUAAAGUAGGCGACAAGGUGCUACUGAGCUAUAACUUUUGCCAAGCGUGCAGCGCAUGCAGGUCCAACACUCCUGCUUACUGUGAUAAAAUGUUCCAGCUCAACUUUGGCGGCCGAAGGCUUGAUGGCAGCCGCCCCUUGUCCCUUGAAGACGGCAUUGAGAUCUUCUCCAACUUCUUUGGCCAGAGUUCAUUCUGUCGCCUUGCCGUCGUAAGCCAGUCGUCUUUGGUCACUGUGCCGCAGGAAACUCCCCUUGAACUCUAUGCACCCCUUGGCUGCGGUUUCCAGACUGGGGCUGGGUCCAUCAUCAAUGUCCUCAAUGUCCAACCAGGCAGCUCCGUUGCCAUUUCGGGAGUCGGGUCUGUCGGGCUGAGCGCAAUUAUGGCUGCCAAGUUCCGGCAAGCAGCCAUCAUUAUCGCCAUCGACAUUAACACCGAGCGUCUGGAGUUGGCUGAGGCCCUUGGAGCUACUCAUACUCUACUCGGCUCUGACGAACAUCUUGCCGAGCGUGUGCGGGAAAUUUGCCAGCCAUCUAAUGGAGUUCAAUCUGCCCUGGACUGCUCAGGGGUGACUUUGGUCAUCAGCAAGCUGAUUGACUCGCUCGCAACACGCGGCAGGGCUGUUAGCGUUGGCGCGUCGGCGCCAGGAAAGCGAGUUGGUGUGGAGUUGUUUUCUCACUUGAGCCAUGGCCGUGAGUAUAGGGGUUCUCAUCAGGGUGAUAGCGUUGCAAAAGAAAUGAUUCCCUUUCUGAUUGAGCAACAUCAAAAGGGUCUCUACCCGUUGGAGAAAAUAGUGACUUACUAUAACAUCGACGACUACGCCCAGGCAUUUAAAGAUAUGAAGGAUGGCAAGGUUAUCAAAGCUGUGCUGAAGUGGGUUUGA